CAAGUCUAAGAAUAGUUGUUCAAUUAGUAAAAAGUUUGGAGAGUCUGCAGACUUCUGCUGCAUCUUAGUGAUUAGACACGUGUAGUUAAUCAGUAAAUGUAUUUUGUAUUAUUAUAGAAUACUGCAGUAUGCUAGAGCUGAGAUUUUGCGUGUUUGGGUCAUAUGAGGUGCUUGGUAACAGGAGGUAAAUGAAACGUAGUGAUCCACCGGAUUAAAGCGUGUGUACACAGCCUGAAGACAUCAGACGAAGAUCAGGAUCCUAGUACAUUGAAUGCUAGCAGGUAUUUGUCUCGUGACUCGGCAGGAUGAGCAGCACGUUUGUGACCCUCGCCGAGGUGCUGGAGGCCAGAGGAGGACCGCUGGAGGAGGACGAGGUCUGGUCCCUCCUGCUGGGCUCCGCUGAAUCACUCGUAGAUCUUUCCUACAAAGGUCACAAUAUCUGCAACAUUAUAACUCCUGCAUCACUGCUGCUGUCCGCCACUGGGACACUGGCGUUUAAGAACUGUGCAAUGACAGAUGAGGUGUGUGCCUUCACCGCCCCGGAGAUGCUGCAAGGCCGUACUGUCUCCACCAAGCUCGCCAUGGAGAAGAUAAUCGUGUAUUCUCUUGGUAUGACUCUGUACUGGUCAGUUGAUUAUCAUCUCCCUCAAAACCAGCCCAUUCAGCUCAGUGACUCUCUGAAUUGCCUUCUGCUGAGCAUGUGUGAGGAUAUGGCCCAUCGGCGAACUAACCUCAACUCCAUCCUGGAGGUCUGCGAAUCACACCACAAAGCAUCUCUCCUGCCUCCUCCUAAUAAAGUCAUCAAACAGCUGGUGGAGGAUGUCCUUCAAGAAUCUGUGGAUCGAGCAGCUUUAACUGAAAAUGUUGUGCAGUUGAGUGGGAAAAGUCAAAUGAUCAGAGAAAGACUUCAUGGUAAACGUGGACCAUAUUCUGGUUAUACGGAGAUGAACGGAGCUGCAGGAGAGACUCGCAGACUGUCUCUGGACUCUGAGCCAAAGCAAGGAAUAUUUCAUCACCAGAAAACCUGGUCUCUCAAAAGCAGACCUAGUCAGACCACAUCCUACCAGAGCUCAUCUAGAAAUCCUCUGGGUCUUCACAACAGACGAAGCACAAGUUUUUGGUCACGAAGUUCGUGUCUAAACUCUCCAAACAAAGGUGAAGUCCGACCUUCCAGUCCCUGCAUUACUGUGAGUGAGUCUGCAGUCAGUCUGUCCCAAAGAAAAGCUAAGAGUCUUGGACCUGAGUUUACCAGGAUGAACGAUGAGCCUCAAAUCAUUUUAGAGCUGCCGGGGUCUAUAGUGUCGAAGAAAGGCAAGUCAGGUCUGUCUCAGAGGGAGGUUAACGUGAUCAUGCCAAAUGAACAGUGUGUGGCAGUGAAAUGUGACAUCAAGUCCCGAGGGAGGGAUGUGUUCGACAUGGUUGUGGCACACGCUAACCUUGUGGAGCAUUUUUACUUUGGCCUUGCUUUCAUUGAUGAUGGUGAAUUUUUCUUCUUGGACCCCGAGACAAAAAUCUCAAAGGUUGCUCCUGAUUACUGGAAGAAAGUGGCUUCUGCGACAUUUACACUUUAUCUUCGUGUCAGAUUUUUCCCUGAUGACAUCUCCUACAUUCUACAUAAACAUACUCGACACCAAUAUUAUCUCCAGCUGAGGAAAGAUAUUCUGGAAGACAGAGUGCACUGUAAUGAGGAGACGGCGCUGUUUCUCGCUGCGCUGGCACUGCAGGCUGAGUUUGGAGAUUAUAUGGCUGAAGUUUACGGGAAGAACUAUUUCCAGACGGAGCAGUACAUCUCUAAGAGAGUCAUAGAGAAAGUGGCCUUGCCCUGUUUGAGAGAGGAAUUGCCAAGGUUACAUGCCAAUAAUGCCCAAAUGCUUCCAGAGGAGGCAGAGACGGAGUUCUUAAAGAUUGCACAGCAACUACCAGAGUAUGGGGUGCUGUUUCACAGAGUUGCCCGUGAACGGAAACCUAUUAUUGGAGAGCUGGUUUUGGGAAUUUGUGCCAAAGGAAUUCUGGUUUAUGAAGUCAAGAAUAAUUCUCGGAUGUUAAGCCGCAGAUUUCACUGGACAGAAACUGACAGUCUCUCAACAAGUAGACGAAAAUUUACCAUUGAGUGCAGCCCAAGUGGAAAGAAGCACUCGUUUGUGACGGAGAGCUCAAAAAUCGCACAGUACCUCCUGAACCUGUGCUCGGCCCAACACAAGUUUCACAGUGAGAUGACCUCACGCCAGCUGACCUACUGCUUAGCUUCAGAUGACAGCGUAGCAAAAUAUACAUCCAUAUGCCGUGCUCGACACGAGCAGAUAAAGAGGCUGUCCUGCUCAGAGAUUGUGCUCAAUAAUAUUGGUCUGAAUGGAUUGCCAAGUGACUCUAUAAGCAAGUCUUGCGAUGACCUGUCGGCGAAAAUUGGAGUUCGGAUCCGGCAACAGAAUGAAGUAAAUUACAGUCCUGAAUCGAGAGCACCCUGUGAACCAAAAGAUCAGAGCCAAAGCAGCAGCCCACUGGAAACCUUCAGUCCCCCAGUCUAUCGCAUCAUGUCCAAUGUCUCUUUGCAAAAGCAGGACUCAGAGGUUCAUUCCACUACCUCAUCUAUAAGAGUGGACACACCCACAAAAACAACCCCAGAGAGAGAAAUCAUCUGUGUCACUUUAAAGAAGGAUCCCAAACUUGGCUAUGGUUUCAUAAUAGUCGGGGAGGACAACACAGGGAAGUUAGAUCUUGGAAUUUUUAUUGCAUCCAUCAUUCCCGAUGGUCCAGCUGAUAAGGAUGGGAGAAUUAGACCAGGUGGUCGGCUGAUCUCUCUGAAUAACAUCAGUCUAGAAGGGGUGACUUUUAAUAUAGCAGCUUCCAUACUCCAGAACAGCCCAGAAGAAGUGGAGCUUAUAGUGUCUCAACCCAAACAGGAUCUUCGGGGCAGCAAGACUUCACUGGCUCCAAGUAAUUUAGGAAUGAUGCUAGAAAGAAGCUUUGGCUCCCAAAGCACACUGAGCGCCGAGUACAGACCUGUGAUGGAGGAGCUGGAGGAGACCCUCUCCAACAUCAUGGCCCCUAAAAUCAACAAACGGAUGCACAUACCUGUGGUCCGCAUUCUGGAUAUUCAGGACGAGAUGUCUAAAAGUUCUUCUGGCUUCAGUUUGAAACCAGGUGAAAUAAUCUACAUGGAGCUCCGAAAGAUCAACGGCAGUUUGGGAAUCAGUGUUGCUGGUGGGAUCAACACUAAUGUACAUCAUGGAGGAAUCUACAUCAAAAGUGUGAUAGCAGGAGGAGCGGCAGAUCAAGAUGGAAGAAUACAGAUAGGUGACAGACUGCUGGAGGUGGACGGAUGUAACCUGCGUGCCGUCACACACAGGCAGGCGGUGGAGUGCCUGAAGAGAACCGGAGAGGUGGUGAGUCUGGUUCUGGAGCGAGAGCCUCCGGUGGUGCUGGACACUUCCAGUGCCUCAUCCACAUUGGAGAGACGAAGAUCUCCUUCACCCCUCAGUGCCCCCCUGAGGAGAGACGUGCCCCUACAAACGCCCUUGUCUGUCAGGACCAAGGACUUUAGAUUUGUGUCAGAUGAAAAUAUCCUGGAAGUGACGUUGCAGAAGAGUUUCAGUGGCCUGGGCUUCAGUUUUCUCGUAUCUGAGUUGGGUCCUGAAAAGGAAAACAUUGUGCAGAUCAAGAGUCUUUCCUCUGGUCAUCCUGCAGGGGAUUGUGGCCUUCUGAAGGAGGGAGACAUAAUCCUGGCUGUCAAUGGAGAACCUGUCAGAGGCCUUUCCUAUGAGGAGGUUCUGCAUCUCCUCCAAAAAUCUCCAUCUGAGAUCAGACUGUCAAUCUGCAGACCUUCACAGGAUGAGCAUACAGAUAUUGAGACCUUUCUGGUUCCAAACCGUGAACUGAGAUCCAGAUCUCUCGACCUACAAGCGAGGUCUGUGGCUCCAGAUUUCAGUGAGCUCCUCUUGAGGCGGGCGAUAGAGAUGGGGCUUAAAAAAGAAGCUUCACCUGAGGAAACCCAGGAGAGUGAGCUGCUGGAAACAGAUAAAUCAAUUCCUCCACCUCUACCUCCACGUCCAUCUUCUGCUGAAGGUGGAGAAAGAAAACCUCAUGUCAUUCUAGUGGAGGAGUAUGAGAAGAAAGACCCGCCUCCUCCUCCGACUCCUCCUCCAACACCAGGCAUUCUUAAAGCGUCAACAACCAACACUGUGCAAACCCCAGCAGCACCUAAAACUGCAAUUAAAGCCCAUCAGCAAGAGUCACUCGAACCAACUGUCUCUAGAAGCAACCAUGUCUCAGCAUGUACGAGUCACGUGAAAGAUGAAGGAGUGGAAGAGAACGUGAUAAGUUUCACAGCUAAUGGUCUGACCGUCACUGCUGGUGAAGAAUACCUGACCAUCAGCACUACGGCUCCAUCUCCCCCGAGCGGCAGCACUGCAGUCUCCUCUGAAGCUCCUCCUCCUGUGCCUGCACUUUCUCCAUCACUGCUGAACACACCUCCAACAUACCAGCAGGCCAUUCAAGCAGCAUCUCCAGCAGAGCCUCCUGCCCAGCCCAGCAACAACGGCUGGGAUGAUGAUGACGAAGAGGAUGAUGAAGAUCCCAGAAGGGAUGUGUUUAAGGAGUUUGAACUGACCGUCUCACUGACCAAAUCCUGGUGUGGAAGCUUCGGUUUUACAAUAACCAGGAGUAAAUUGGACAACUGCUAUUAUGUCCAGGAUGUCCUGGAUAAUCCAGCCAAAGCAGAUGGCAGACUGAGGGCAGGAGACAGGCUUAUCAUGGUGAAUGGUCAUAAUGUGACCAGCGUGACAGAUGACGUGGCAAUAAGCAUCCUCAGGUGCUCCUCCAAAAGACUGCACAUGGUGCUGGGCAGAGCUGUGCAAAAUCUGCUCCCUCCACCACCUCCUGACACCCUCCAGGACAUUAUCAUAUCCAAGACUCCAUCUGGACAACUGGGUAUUAAGCUAACAGGAGGGAUUGGAAGCAAACGGCAAGGAAUUUAUGUGCAGGAGGUGGUGCUGAGCUCUCCUGCUAGUGAGGAGGGCAGCAUUCAGCCCAAUGACAAGAUUGUUUACAUAUGUGGGAGAUGCACUCUGGGAAUGACGCUGGAGGAUGCGGUAAAAGUGUGUGAGAGCUCCCCACGCAAAGUCAGAUUCAAAGCCAUGAGAGAUGAUCAACCAGUCAUACCAAGAGAUAAGUGGAACGGUUUGUUUGAAUGGAAAGAGAAGAAAGGUUUCCCUCACCUGGAGGAGCCCAUGUCACCUGACGUGCAUUCAGCUCUUGCAGACGUUAAAGCAGUCGCUGACAGUGCCAUGCUGUUCAGGAAGAGGCUGUCGGUCACAGCGGAGCAGGAGAGCUGUAUCCUGCAGGUGGAGUUCACCAAGCCUGAUCGUGGUGGGCUGGGCUUUGCACUGGUGGGCGGAGUCAACGGCAGCACACUGAGAGUGAAGGACAUAUGCUGUGGGGGCGUGGCUGAGCAGGACGGUCGUCUUCGAGUGGGUGACAUCCUUCUGGAGGUUAAUGGCAUCAUUGUAUCAGGACUGAGCCAUAGUAAAGUUGUGGAUAUUUUGAGGAAGGCGGAGGGCACGGUUCAGCUGACGGUGUGUAGGGACAUCCUGCCCAUGUCCGCCUGCUCUGCUUCCAACUACCCCACUGAGGCCCAUGGGAAUUUCAACACACUGAAUUCUGCAGCACAAACUGAAGCACAUCCAGAUCACGUGUCUUUCCACUCAGACUGUCCUGAAUGUGAGCAGGAAAGUCGAAACUGUACACCUACCUGUCAGAGGUGUUGUCCGUCUCUGGGAGUCACAGACAUGCUACAAGAAAAGACAGACCCCCAGAAGCAGCAUCUAGAAAAUUCUGCCAUGAAAACAGAGCACAGCCAGUCGGACGGCUGGAGCAGUGACGAGGAAGAAGAUGGUGACGAUGACGACUGUGCUUCCCAGCCUUCGCCUCCAGAGACUAUACCUCUGACAGGUCGGCCAAUCGUGUCAGAAGAGGAGCUUUCCAGUCUUGCAGUGAUUUCUCCUCCUAAGAAUGGGCAGUACACCGGCUCCAGGGUCAAAGCCCUCAUCCAGGCCCUCGAGCAGCUAGAAAAGCAAGAUCUGGUCAAAGAGUUUAUGGCUUUGGAGCAUUUAAACCCUUCAGACAACUGCCUGGUUGGAAAAGCACCUGAAAACCGGGAAAAGAACAGAUACAGGGAAAUCCUGCCUUACGAUAAGACGCGUGUUCCUGUGGGAGAGGACGAGGGCUACAUCAAUGCCAGCUACAUUCGUAUGAAGGUGGGCUCGGAGGAGCUGUUCUUCAUCUCCGCUCAGGGCCCUUUGCCUGGCACUCAGGACAGUUUCUGGCAGAUGGUGUGGGAGAACAGGUCUGAUGUGAUCGCCAUGAUGACUCGAGAGGUGGAGCGCGGACGGGUCAAAUGCCACAAAUACUGGCCCGAGAAGCUCGACGUCCCCAAAGAGACCAGCCGUUACCAGCUCUUCCUGGACAACUACCAGAUGCUUGGUUAUUUCCACAUUAAGGUCAUCAAGAUGGUGGAAAAAAAGAGUGGAGACGUGCACUUUGUGAAGCACCUGAAGUUCACCACAUGGCCUGAUCACGGCACACCCCACUCCUCCGAUCAGCUUGUGCGCUUCAUCCGCUACAUGAGGGCUGUUCACGCUAAAGGGCCCAUCACCGUCCACUGCAGCGCAGGCAUCGGCCGAGCCGGAGUCCUCAUCUGUACAGACGUCAUCCUCAGUCUCAUUCAGAAAGACCUCAGUAUUAAUGUGAGUGACAUUGUAAAGGAGAUGAGACUCCAGCGGCACGGCAUGAUUCAGACUAAGGAACAAUACCUCUUUUGUUAUAAAGUCUGGUUGGAAGUGUUACAAAACAUCUCGCUCCUUUAUGGUCACCACUGGCAAACCGAAACCUCUUCAUGAACAAAUCCUUACAAAGCCCUUAAAGUCUUACAAGUGUUUCCUCAGAAAAAAGCAACAAUUGAUGUGUUUUUGAAUGGCAGACAUGUGUUAAUGUGACGUGUUGAUUGUGUGCGUCUGAUAUAAUAUGACCACCAUCAAUCAAAUGUGGAAUAUGCUCUAGGAAAUAUGGUAGAUAUUUUCAUUAACCGUGCAAUACCCUCGUGUGAUCUGAUAUAUAUUUUUAUACCAUUUUGGCUUAAAACACUGAUUUAAUAGCCUUUCUGGACUCUUAGUCAUUUUGCCUUGAACAUGUUUUCGUUUUAUUGUUGUUGUUGUUUUUAACGGUAAAUUUAUGCACAUUAAUUAUUAAUUCAGAUUCAUCACUUGAAUGUACUAUUCAGCCUCAGUGCGUAAUGUACAAACUCUAGGUCCUGAAUACUUACAGAAUGUUUUGAUUUGACAUUAUUUUGUCGUGUCUGAUUUUAGUAGCUGUAAAUGCAUCCUCAGAGGAAGCAGCUGCUGGACAGAUACUUUUAGCAAAGUGCCUUUUAAUUUCUCAAUCUUUCUUUAUCUGCACUCUCAGCUGUUUUACCUCUUAGUUGACAUUAAGUCAGAGCAAGAGGAAUUAACCCAAAGACACAGGACUGAUGCUGAAGGAGAGAUUACAAACCGCAGCCUUCUUAUCUGUGGGAAUAUCCUCUGAGGGUUUGUGUUUGACUUUGGACAAUGGAAAUGUAGUGGAGAAAGAACAAUUGCAGUAAACCAUCUUAAGUAAUCAGUCACGAUAUUAAGCAACUAAUGUGUGAAUGAAUGGGUUGUAAAUUGUAACGGACCAAUAUUCUGUGAUAUUGUCAUACGUCUCACUGUUUUGGCUUGAUGCAAAGCAACAGCACAAUAAUUUGCAGCACACUUAUGUCUUAAACUACUGUACGUUUCAGAGCACAUCAGAGCUUUUAAAAAGGGUCAAAUGCCCCGUUUGGUCUGUGAUGGUAUAUAUUGAUUUGCAUUAAUUUUCCACAGGCCUUGUGAAAGAAAACUUGUCAAAAAUACAAAUGAUUAUAUUGCUGUAUUACACUAGAAAUUAUUAACCUUGUACUUUGAUGGAAAGCUCAGUUAUCGGCUAUAGUUAUGAAAUAUACUCUCUAUACUCUUACUCUAUUACAGUUUUAUAAAUAAAUAUAAAACAGCAUUUAAUUGUA